AUGACGCCAGAGGAGCGAGCGGUGUUCGCAGCAAUGGACGAUGCUGAGUGUCUCGAUGAUGACGGUUCGAGUGACGACGUUUUCUUCGACAGCCUUUUGCAUGGUGGUGACGGUUCAGUUGACGACUCCAACCUCCUAUGGGGAGUCCCCACUGUUCGAGAAACGGAGGACGAUCGGAUGGAUUUGAUGAUGACCCUACAAGGAGGAACUUCAACACCGCAAGACGAGGCCUUCGAUAGGCUCCUAGAGGAAGAAUACGCCGAGGAUGAGAUUGGCGAUUUGGAAGAUCGCUUCUCCCGAAUUGAUAUGCCGAUCGAACGGGCUACUACUAUCGGAGGUCAGACCAGCGUCGGAGCUUUUCUCAAACGGGACAAGCAAAAUCUUGAUAUCAACGCUUGCCAGGAUAUCAUUGAUGAGUACUAUGGAGAUGGAGACGAUGAUGGAAUUAUCAUUUCGAU